CGGACGUGAUAUUUUGUGAUAUAAAUCACGAAGUAGAAGGAGCUAAAUAUAAUUUAUUCGGUAUAACCUCGGCAAUGAUUCCAUUACAAGCGAACUGUUCGGAAUCGUGAUAAUUGUAUAUUAGUUCGUUAGAAAGGGCGGUCGCAUCACCGACGGCUUAUUAGUUUUUGCUAAGUUUUUUGCGUAACUAGUUCCUUGAACGGAUGACACAAUACGUAUUGAAUACAUCUUAUAUUUGUAGUCUAUUAGUCAGUAUUAGCAAAACUAAAGGAUUAUUGUUAUCGAUGACAUUCCGUGAGGUUAUCGAAAUGUUCCUGCGAGAUUGUGAAUUAUAAUACUUAUUCCUAAGAAAACAAGUGUCAUUCUGGGAGAAUGUUGGUCGUUUAUAUAUCUUUGCUCCUGUAUGCUGUGUCUACAACGACAGGUGCGCGCAUUUCCAAUCUAAACGAGACGUGCAUCCGUUGUCUAUGUCACGUGGCCGGGUGUGAUUUGUCGCACAAAUGCAGUGGAGGAUAUUGCGGACCCUUCUACAUAUCCAGGGUUUACUGGGUGGAUGCAGGCAAACCCACAUUACCUGACGAUGAUCCAGAAAGACAAGAAGCAUUCGAAGACUGUGCCAGAGAUUACAACUGUUCUAUUAAGAUCGUCGAGAGCUACAUGACAAAAUAUGGAAAGGACUGCAAUGGCGACGGUGUGACCAAUUGCUAUGAUUUUAUGAUGAUCAACUAUCACGGAGGGCGCGCGUGCUCCGACCCUCUGUUCCUCACCGCUCAUGGCAGGAGAUGGCUGUCACGUUACCAACAAUGUAGAUUUGAGGAAUAAUUACAACCUUUUUACUGAGAA